GAGUGAAGAGCAGAUAUCUCAACUAGCAAGCAAGUCGCAGCAAUGUGGGGGGAUUUUCGGCACAACACCCGCCAGUGGGCUUCCUCUCAAAACGCCAAGCGGAUGCUUCACAUUUAUACAUCCGGUGAAAUAUCUGUCUCAUUGUUCUAUCUGCAGCUUAGCGAUUUCGACGCAUACAUCGGUGCUCCGGUGUCAAACGUAACAUCACUACGUAUUACUUCUGUCUAGCUAGUAGUGUAAUCGUGUGUGCGAGACUGGUGUUUUGUUGUUCGUAUCUUCUAAUUUCGACAGAAACGUGCAAUCGGGUGGAGAGAAUGUCAAGGCCACGAUCGCCACAUUAUUCUCACAGAGGCAGUCCACGGAGGCAAGAUGCCCGGAGGUUCCCUUGGGACGACCCAGACUUCGACCCCCAGCAGGUUUUGGCUGACCUGGGCAGGCUGCCCUGGGAAGAGAACCGCAACCCUGGGGAGUCUCACGAGGACCAGUGGGUCCGCUUCAUGGACGAGAUCCACCCAGAUGGCCACAGAAGACCUAUGCCUAGAGGGAGCCUUCGGCCAAAGGGCCACAGAAGACCUAUUUCCCCAGGUCUCCACAGGCCUGACCAACACCUCCCCCCAGAGGACUUCCACCAUUGCAGGACCCCACCGCCCCCCCACGAGCUGGGCUACGCCGAGCGCAGGAGGCUCUCCCCCCAUGAUGGAGGAGGGGGUGGCAGAGGAAGAGUGAAAGAAGAAUUCCAAAGAUGCGAAGGAAAGCUGCCCCCCUCCCCGCAGAGGCUACCCAGAGAGAGGCUGCCAUCACUGGCCCCGCAGCACACUCACUACAGUCCUAGCCACCACCAGAGAGCGCCCUCUGCAGGUUGGAGGAGAGAAGAGGGGGACUAUAGCCAGGAGAGGUCCAGGGACCGCAGCCCCAGGGAGAGGGUUCAGGGUGGGGGGAAGUGGGAGAGGCGGGGUGAGGGUGGAGAUUCUCCCGGUUCCUAUAGAGACAGGAAGAGAGACGACAUGCAAAGAGAGUGGAGCACCAUCUCUGACCGGAACCGGAGGGAAACUGUUGAACCGGUGAAUCCUGGGUACGGGAGGGAGACAGAGUUUAGGGAGCGCCGCCCCUCGUUGGAGAGGCCCCGGGAAGGGUACGGAGGAGGGAGGCCACUGGGGCGCAGUGGCCCCCUAGGGGGCCACAAUGGCCGGGGGCCUAAAGCCCUCAUCGUGGAGCAUGAACAUGGUAUUAUGAACAGCGGAGGGCCAGAACCGUACCACAACCACAGCCACGACCGGAGCCACAGCCACGACCGAUUCAGUCACCAUCACAACCGGGUCGGAGCCUCUGAGGAUCGGUUCAGGAAGUCAGGCAGCAGGUCCAAUACUAGAGAGGAGGCCAGGCGCCAGCCUGCACAUGAGAGGAGGGGGCCUAUACAUGAGUCCAAAAGGGGCCCUGUCCAUGAAAAUAGGAGGGGGCCUAUACAUGAGUCCAAAAGAAGCCCUAACCGUCAGGGGAGAGCCCGGCCUAUAGGCUUCCAGGAUAGAGGUAGUCCCACGGAUCCCAAGGCCAGAAACAGUACAUUCUGUGGGGCAAGGGAGGCCCCAGCCCGGGGUGGCAAGAGACAGAUAGGGCCCUCCAGGAACCAACCCCAGCCUCUCCUCCAGGGACAGCAGGGGUACCAACCACGGGGUGCCAACUCCCAGCACUCCCCUCCGGCGCACCAGAGGUACCAACCCAGGGGAGAUGACUGGGACAUGGAGCCCAGAGAGGAGGAGCCCGGCUGGGCAGAAGAGAGCGACAUGGAGCCCCGCUGGGAGCAGGAUCAGGGACAAGGGCCACGAGGAGGCCGGCCACCGGCACGGUGCAGGAUGGGACCCAGGAAACCUCAGCUUAGAGAUCUCAACCCCAACUGGAACCAGCAGCAGAACGACAUGGCAAUGCCUCGCAUAGGCGCCGGCAAGGAGGAGACACUCACCAUCAAAGUGGACAUGAAGCGCACCAUGGGCCAGAACAGCCAGCUGUGCUACUCUUCAGACCGCCAGCUGUCGUUGGAUCUGGUCAAUGUGGGCCGCCAGCGCCUCGACUUCCUACCCAUGCUAGAGCAUUCUGGGACUUACCGGGAGUCCACAAUGCACUCUGGGACUUUUGCCCAGGAGAUCAUCACCCUGGUGCACCAGGUCAAAGAGCAUUACUUUAGGGGUGAUAGUGUAAAGCUGACCGAGCGUUUCUGUGGCGCCCAAGAUGGUCUGCCUGAGGAGGAGCAGGAGGAAGAGAGGCCUACUCUGAACAGGCGGUUCAAAAUGAGUCUGUCAGAGCCAGAGAUGGAACCUCUCUUCUCCAAAGUUGGCCGCAUGCAGAAGCAGCAGCAGGCGGUGAGUGACCCAGGAGACCUGAGACAUGACCUGGAGAGGAGGAGACAGGAGAGGCUGGAAGGGGUGAAGGUCACCAUCCCUGGAGGCAGGCUCUCACAGCGCCCCCUGGUUGCUGGGAGUGACCAUCAUGAGGAGUAUGGUAGUGGGGAAGAGGAGGUUCAGGAGGAAGAGGAUGGCUUCUCUUCAGGAUGGCCAGGCCUACCACAGAGAGGAGGGAAGUGGCCCGGAGAGAUGAGGAGAGGAGGCAUAGUUAGACAAAACAUGGGCGGCCAGCGGAGGAACAACCGGUCUCCUAAUCUCCCCGGCAACCAUCUGGGACCAAUAAGGCAACAGAACCGCAAUAUUAACGGUGCCAACUGGUGAAUGGACUCUUGGAUGGAGCCUGGGGUUGUGUGAGGUUAGCUGUUGAGCUCAGAGGAGUGACCAGGCCAACUGUAUAUACAAACGUAUGUGGACACCCCUUCAAAUUAGUAGAUUCAGCUAUUUCAGCCACACCUGUAGCUGACGGGUGUAUAAAGUCGAGCACACAGCCAUGCAAUCUCCAUAGACAAACAAUGGUAGUAGAAUUACCUUAUUGAGGAGCUCAGUGACUUUCAAUAUGGCACUGUCAUAGAAUGCCACCUUUUCCAACAAGUCAGUUUGUCAAAUUUCUGCCCUGCUAGAGCUGCCCCGGUCAAGUAAGUGCUGUUAUUAUGAAGUGAAA